AAAAUCCCCCGGAUUUGGGGUGAAAACCUCGGAUUUGGGGCCAGAGCUGCAGCAGGAAAUGAAAACCACCCAGGAUGGACCCAAAACCUCCAGAUUUGAGCCCAAAUCGCAGGCACACCCCCCGUGCCGGGUUUGGGGUCCCCAUGGAGUUUGUGACGCUGGGGGGGCCGGAGGGGCCCCCCCCGUUCCCGGACGAGGCCGCAGCGUUCCUGGGGCUGGGGGCGCCCGAGGGGCCGGAGCCGGGGGGGCUGCUGGGGCCCUUCCCCCCCGCGCCAGGCCGGCUGUCCCUGGUGCCCUGGGCUGAGGGGGGGGCCCUGGGGGGUCCCCCCACAAGUCCCCGAUGCCCCCGUGUCCCAAUGCCGCAGUCCCCAGGCCGCUGCCAUGGGACCCUGGGCUGCGCCCCGGACCCCCAGCUGGGGCAAUGGACCCACAAUGCCAACGGGAUCUGUCCCAGGCCGGCUGUCCUGGUGCCCUGGGCGGGAGGGGGCUGGGAACCCUCUGGCCCGGACGCCCGGUUGGAGACUGCGCAGCCCGCAACGGAACAGGCGCGCGAGUGCGUGAACUGCGGGGCGACGGCGACGCCGCUGUGGCGCCGGGACGGCACCGGGCACUACCUGUGCAACGCCUGCGGGCUCUACCACCGGCUCAACGGGCACAACCGGCCCCUGAUCCGCCCCAAGAAACGCCUGCUGGUGAGCAAACGCGCCGGCACCGUCUGCAGCAACUGCCAGACCAGCACGACCACGCUGUGGAGGCGCAGCCCCCGCGGGGAGCCCGUGUGCAACGCCUGCGGCUUGUACUACAAACUGCACCGGGUGAACCGGCCGCUGACGAUGCGCAAGGACGGCAUCCAGACCCGCAACCGCAAGGUCUCGGCCAAGGGCAAGAAGCGGCGCCAGGGGGGGGGCGCCGGGCCCGGGGGGGUCCCCGAGACCUCGGCGGGGCCCCCCCUGCUGCCCCCGCCCGCGCCCCCCCAGCCGCCCCCCGAGGACCCGGCCGCGCUGUUCGCGCUCGGGCCGCUGGUGCUGUCCGGGCCGCUGCUGCCCUUCCCCGGCCCCGCCGCGCCCUUCCUGGCGGCCGAAUUCGGGCCCGGGCCCGGCCCCGGCGCGGCGCCCCCCGGGCUCAGCCCGCAGCUCUAGCGGGGCGGGGUCCCCAGUACAGCUCGGUACCGACACAGAGCCCGGC